AUGUCAGCCGGACUGGGAAAAUGUAGCAAGAUCCGCCACAUUGUGAGGCUCCGCCAACUGCUGCGGCGGUGGCGCAGCAAGGCCCGCAUGUCAGCCAAUCGCAUACCGUCGGAUGUUCCCGCAGGACACGUGGCCGUCAGCGUGGGCAGCAGUUGCACCCGAUUUGUUGUGCGCGCGUCGUACCUGAACCAUCCCGUCUUCAAGAAGCUCCUAGUAGAAGCCGAGGAGGAGUACGGCUUCUCCAACCAAGGUCCGCUCGCGAUACCCUGCGACGAGUCACUCUUCGAAGAGGUGCUCCGAUUCAUUUCUCGAUCCGAGUCGGGUGGGUCGACCCGGUUCGUCAAUCUAGACGACUUCCAAAGAUACUGCCACGCGGGCAUCCGGAGUAACCUCGAUUUCUGGGCCGAUUCUCGACCGUUGCUUCGUGGAUUUUCAGAUAAAACAAUUUGGUAA